GGACCCGCGGGCGGCCCGGGGCUGGGAUCCGGCCCGCCGCACCCCGGCGUCCCGCCGCACCCCGGCGUCUCUCGGCGGCGCGGGCGGACGCUGCUGGUGCGGCACCUGCCCGCCGAGCUGACGGCGGCGGAGAAGGAGGAUCUGCUGCAGCACUUCGGGGCCGUGUCUGUGCGCGUCCUGUCGGACCACGGGCGGCUGAAACAUACUGCUUUUGCCACCUUUCCCAGUGAAAACGCAGCUGCAAAGGCUUUAUCAAGACUGCAUCAGCUGAAACUUUUGGGUCACACAUUAGUUGUUGAAUUUGCAAAGGAGCAAGAGAGUGCACAGGUACUUAGCCAGCCUUCUGUCUCAGACAAGUGCAAAAGUUUAGAAGAACCAGUGAAAGAAGAAAAGAUAGAACCGAACUGUAUUAAAAUAGAGAACGGAAUUGCACCAAACCAUGGCCUCACCUUUCCCAUCAAUUCUUGCCUCAAAUAUUUGUAUCCACCACCUUCAAGUUCAAUUCUAGCAAAUAUAGCAAAUGCCUUGGCAAGCGUGCCCAAAUUUUAUGUCCAGGUACUCCAUCUGAUGAAUAAAAUGAAUCUUCCUCCACCUUUUGGACCAAUUACUGCUCGUCCUCCAAUGUAUGAAGAGUAUUUACCAGUGCCUGUGCCACCUCCCCCAAUCCCACCUCUGCCUCCUGAGGAGCCUCCUUUGCCUGAAGAGGAAGAAGGACUGUCUAGUGGGGAUGAAUCAGAAUAUGAAAGUGAUAAUGAUGAGGAAAAGGAGAGAAUGACCAAGUUGAUGGAAUUAGCAACCCUUCAGCCUAAAAGACCAAUAAACACAAAGAAGCGUGGUGUUAGAAAAAAGCAAAGAAUUAAAGACAUGUUGAAUGUUCCUGUGUGUACUUCCCACAGUAACUCGCACCCUACACUGUCACCUUCAGAUGUCUUUGAGCAGCUGCAGCACGUAGGUCAUAAAAAAAUAGAGUUUCAUAUUAGUACUGAGAUCCCAGCUGUUCUUCAGAUAAACCCAGAAAAAGAAGAAAAAAAUGACCUUUAUGCAACCACGGAAGAAAUCAAUAAUACAGGCUUUGGAAGGAUUUUCCCAGCUCCUAGCUCAAACGAUAAAAUGGAAACUGAAGAGGAAGAUGAUGAAAUACCAUCAGAAUUUAUUUCUAGAAAGGAUCUAGAAAAAAACAGGCUUUCUAGAGAAGAAAUGGAAAAAUAUUCUGUUUUCAAAAACUAUGAGCCAGGUGAUCCGAAUUGCAGGAUAUAUGUGAAGAAUUUAGCUAAACAAGUUCAAGAAAAGGAUCUUAAGUUCAUUUUUGGAAGAUAUGUUGACUUCCAGUCAGAGGUGGAACGCAAUAUGUUUGAUAUCCGUUUGAUGAAAGAAGGCCGGAUGAAGGGACAGGCUUUCAUUGGACUUCCAAAUGAGAAAGCAGCUGCUAAAGCACUAAAAGAAGCAAAUGGCUAUGUCUUAUUUGAAAAACCCAUGGUGGUUCAAUUUGCUCGUUCAGCUAGACCAAAACAGGAUGCCAACGAAGGGAAAAGAAAAAAGUAAAACCCUGCACAAGGUCCCUUUUGUGUUCCUUCUCUUUCAAGUAAUAUCAAGCUGGAGAAGAAACAGUGUGAUCAUCAGGACUCUUGAACUGUGCGUACUUGCAUUUCUAAAGUAUUGGAGGCAGAGAAUAAAUUCUCCCGUCUUAAAGAUUCCACAUAUCUUUAAAUAUCACAAGGCUUACUACAUCAUAAAUGUAUGUUAGAUUGCUUGUGAAAUCUAAUAAAUUAUUUCUCUUCUCUUCA